GCAAGAUUCAGUUAUGCUCUGCGAUUUUUUAUAUUAAUCUACCUCCACGUUCCAUGCGCAUCACGUCUCUUGCGUUUUUUCACUGAUCCUCAGCCCCGGACGGCGGGCGCACAGUCACGAUGGCUUCGAGAAAGCCCUCCAAGUUCGGAAACAAAUUUCGGUCGAACAAUUCGUCCUUCAACCCGCGAAAAUCCAAGACGGUCGAAUUCUCCUCCCUUCGUUCGACGGAAGCGACAUCCCAAGAUGAGAAAUUUGAGGCGAUACGGCUGGCGAACAGCAUCGACGAGAAACUGGGAUUCCCGCGCUUCGAGGCCGGUGAGAAGAGGGCUGGAUGGUUGAUCAACAUGCACAGCACGUCCGUCGAGGACUCCAAUGUGCAAGGAGGGCGUGCUGGUGUGGAUUACUACUUCCUGGAGGACGGCGGUACCAGCUUCAAGGCGACUGUCGAGUAUGACCCGUACUUUCUCAUCGCGGUCAAGAAGGGACACGAGCAAGAAGUCGAAGAGUGGUGUCGUCGGGCGUUCGAAGGACUUGUCAAGAAAAUCAAGCGAGUGGAGAGGGAUGAUCUCAAACUCCCAAACCAUCUACUGGGGAUUCGACGGCCCUUCCUUCAAUUGAGUUUCGCAAACGUGAGCCAUUUGUUGGAUGUUCGAAAAGCUAUACUCCCGUUGGCGGAGAAGAAUAAAAAGAAUGCAAGUGUAAUGGAUACUUAUGUUGAGACCACAAGCGCAAAUGCGGGGUUUGAUCUCUUUGAUGACGAAUUAAUUAACGAGGCACGAACUAAUGGGCGUACGAAUGCGAGUGAUUUUAUUAUUGAUAUUCGAGAAUAUGACGUUCCUUACCAUGUCCGGGUAGCGAUUGACAAAGAUAUCCGGAUUGGAAAGUGGUAUAAUGUAGAGGCGAAGCAUGGUGUUGUCUCCUUGACUUGCUUGGAAGAACGAGUCCAACGACCGGAUCCAGUGGUGCUUGCUUACGAUAUUGAGACGACUAAACUUCCGCUCAAAUUUCCAGACUCGGUCAUUGAUCAGAUCAUGAUGAUAUCGUACAUGAUUGAUGGACAGGGCUUUCUGAUUACGAAUCGGGAAAUAGUCUCCGAAGAUAUCGACGACUUUGAGUACACGCCAAAGCCUGAAUACCAAGGACCGUUCAUGGUUUUCAACGAGCCCAACGAGAGGGGCGUCCUAGAGCGAUUUUUCGAGCACAUCAAUGAAGCAAAACCGACCGUCAUUGCCACAUACAACGGUGAUUUUUUCGACUGGCCGUUCGUCGAAGCAAGAGCAAGCGUUCUCGGGAUUGACAUGUAUACCGAAAUCGGCUUCCGCAAAAACAACGAGGAUAUAUACCAAAGUGAUCACUGUGUGCACAUGGACUGUUUUGCUUGGGUCAACCGUGAUAGUUAUCUCCCUCAAGGCAGUCGUGGCUUGAAGGCCGUCACAGUUGCGAAGCUUGGAUACGACCCUGAUGAAUUAGACCCGGAACUCAUGACACCAUAUGCGAGUGAACGCCCCCAGACCUUGGCUGAAUACUCAGUCUCCGAUGCUGUGGCCACGUACUAUCUAUAUAUGAAAUACGUCCACCCAUUCAUCUUCUCACUUUGCAAUAUUAUUCCUUUGAACGCCGAUGACACUUUACGGAAAGGUACCGGCACACUUUGCGAGAUGCUUCUCAUGGUGCAAGCCUACAAAGGCGAGAUUAUACUUCCGAACAAACACAAAGACCCACCAGAGUCGUUCUACGAGGGACAUCUGCUCGAAUCGCAAACCUAUGUUGGCGGGCAUGUCGAAAGUAUAGAAGCUGGUGUAUUUCGAAGUGACAUCCCAGUCACUUUCAACGUCCAGCCAUCCGCUAUCGACGAGCUUUUACGUGAUUUAGAUGCAGCCUUGCGAUUCAGUAUUGAAGUUGAGGAGAAAAAAUCAAUGGAUGAUAUCGCCAACUACGAUGAGGUCAGGGCACAGAUUGCGAAGCAGUUGAUAGAUCUCAGGGAGAGGCCACAGCGAGACGAAGUGCCGUUCAUUUAUCACUUGGAUGUCGCCUCCAUGUACCCGAACAUCAUGAUCACGAACCGAUUACAGCCUGACUCGAUGAUCGAUGAAUCAAAUUGCGCUGCAUGUGACUUCAACCGGCCUGGUAAAUCGUGUGAUAGGCGAAUGCCUUGGGCAUGGCGUGGCGAAUUUCUCCCUGCUAAGCGCGACGAAUACAAUAUGAUCCGGCACGCAGUCGCAAAUGAACGGUUUCCCGGAAAGACGAAGCUGAGCCCCAUGAGAUAUUUUGCCGACAUGAACACCGAGGAACAGGCCGCAAUCGUCAAGAAGAGGCUGCAAGAUUAUAGCAAGAAGAUCUACCACAAGAUCCAUGACAGCAAGACCAUGGUUCGGGAGGCUAUCAUUUGCCAGCGAGAAAACCCCUUCUAUGUAGACACAGUACGAAGCUUUCGUGAUCGAAGAUAUGACUUCAAGGGAAAGCAAAAAGUUUGGAAGAACAAAACCGACUCGCUCAAGGCGGGGGGUGGCUCGGCCGCGGAGAUUGAUGAAGCGAAGAAGAUGAUCAUUUUGUUCGACUCUCUGCAGCUUGCACACAAGGUCAUUUUGAACAGUUUCUACGGUUACGUGAUGCGAAAAGGUUCUCGGUGGUAUUCCAUGGAAAUGGCUGGCGUGACCUGUUUGACGGGUGCUCGUAUCAUUCAAAUGGCAAGGGAGCUCGUUGAACGCAUUGGGCGGCCAUUGGAGCUCGAUACCGACGGUAUCUGGUGUAUGCUUCCGGGGAGCUUUCCCGAAAACUUUACGUUUACCAUGAAAAACGGCAAGAAACUGGGAAUCUCCUAUCCUUGCGUUAUGCUGAACCAUCUUGUCCAUGGAAGCUAUACGAAUCACCAGUACCAGACACUGGUUGAUCCAAAGACCUUCCGAUACGAGACCUACAGCGAUAACUCCAUUUUCUUUGAGGUCGACGGACCGUACAAAGCAAUGAUUCUACCCACUUCCAAGGAGGAAGAUAAAAAUUUGAAGAAGCGUUACGCCGUCUUUAACCACGACGGGUCAUUGGCAGAGUUGAAGGGAUUCGAAGUUAAGCGAAGAGGAGAACUGAAAUUGAUCAAGAUCUUCCAAACCCAGAUCUUCCGGUUUUUCCUCGAGGGGGAGACACUCGAGGAGACUUAUGCUGCCGUCGCCCGCGUCGCUGAUCGAUGGCUGGACGUGCUCUACGACCAUGGCACAACUCUAUCAGACGAAGAACUCAUCGAGCUGAUCUCGGAAAACCGAAGCAUGACAAAGACUCUUGAGGAAUACGGAAGCCAAAAGUCAACCUCUAUCACGACCGCCCGUCGCUUGGCAGAAUUCCUAGGAGAGCAGAUGGUCAAAGACAAGGGUCUAAACUGCAAAUACAUUAUAUCUUCUAGACCAAGGAAUACGCCUGUGACUGAACGUGCUAUUCCAGUAGCGAUCUUUUCAGCCGAAGAGAAUGUCAAGCGAUACUUCCUGAGGAAGUGGCUUAAGGACGACCCUGGUGAUAUGGAUCCUCGAAACGUCCUCGAUUGGGAUUAUUAUAUGGAGCGACUGGGUUCAGUUGUCCAGAAACUGAUCACGAUCCCAGCUGCUCUUCAGAAGAUUCGAAACCCGGUUCCCCGGGUCGCGCACCCUGACUGGCUUCAGCGGCGGAUCAACAUGAAGGACGACAAGUUCAAGCAAACCAAAAUGACUGAUGUUUUCCAGAAGACUGAGAAAAAUCCGUUAGCCGACAUAUCGACCAACAUCCUUGAUCAUCGUGUCCAGCAUGUAGGCGAUAUCGAGCAAGCAAUGGCAAGCUCAGCCGACAAGCUGAAGUCGCCGGAAACGAAGAUCUCACAAAAAAGGAAGCACCCUGAAAAUGCCCCGAAAACUUCAUUGGAUCCUUUCGCUAGUCUGCCGCCAAAAAUGCCGUCGAUUUCGGAUGACUAUGUUGGGUUUAUCAAAUACCAGAAACAAAAAUGGAAGAUCCAGAAGCAAGCCCGCUUACGCCGACGUCAACUCUUUGGCGAGAAGGGUAAUUCUGGCACGGACUCUUUGAGCCACCUCUUCAGGAACCAAGCCGAAUUGCUAUACAUCAGUACUUGGCAGGUCCUACAGCUUACCGAGAUAUCUAGACCCGGCAUUGUGAAGGCCUUCGUUCUGAUUGACCGAAAGAUACAUACCCUGACCGUCAAAGUGCCUCGGCAAGUUUACAUUAACCUAAAGCAAGAUUCUCUCCCAGAUGUCGAAAUCCCAGACUGUGAGGUUGAGAAGGUGAAUCAUACUCUGCCCAACGGACAUCCUUCGGUCCAUCUUUUCAAGAUGACAUUGUCCGAGGAGACAUGGUUGCAAGAGGCGGAAAAUAUCGACGUUCUCUUACAGCAUCCAAGUGUAGAGGGUGUUUAUGAGAAGAAUAUCCCGUUGAACGUUCGGGCUAUCCUAAAGCUGGGUAGCAUUUGCACUUUUGAUGAGGAGCAGCGAGGGGUCUUGGGUAAAGGUUUGGACCAGGGUUUUGAGCUUUCGUCUCUGUGCCGUACGACAUCUGAGCAGCCAUAUCUCUUGGAUGCAGCCAUGGCCUACCAUUAUCUAUACCAUGUGACUUCAGGCGAUAGACAGAUCUUCGCCCUCUUCUCAACAACGAAGAAGGAAGCUCAUAUUGUCAUUCUGAACCGCACAAGAGAUGUUCAGGGCCUUCCUAAUGUGGACAAGAUUUACUCGGAACUCCUUACACGCAGGUUGCAAAACAUGGCGGAAGAGAAGUUACAAGGUGCCUUUGAGUACCCAGAGAAGAUCCACUUCAGGACCACGCAGGUCACGACCAGAAGGAAGGCCCACCUGGAAGUUGGUGACUUGAUUAAGAAGUUCCGCAACGAGGAAGUCCAACCAAUUGUCCUUGUCAUACAAUCGCAGCAGAGAGAACGGUUGUGUCAUGACAUCCCCAUCCUGCGAGAAUUCCCAGUGCUGCCAGUGAAACCAGAAGUCUCUGACAUGGAUCUGCCUCCACUGGGCUGGCAGACCUUCAUCGCAAGGCGGAUAGUCACACAUUAUCUCUAUCUUUCUGCAUGGGUCCAGCACUUGACUUUGCUUUCUCGAUACGGCGAUGUGCCUUUGUGCAAUCUGGAAAGCGACGAUCCCAAGUAUUUGAUCGACAUAUCUUACGCUAGGCGACUCCAGCAAAAUAACGUUGUUCUAUGGUGGUCUUUGAGCCCGAGGCCGGACCAUGCUGGUUACGAAAAAGAUGACGUUCUGGGACCCCUCGACAAAGUUGCUAUGCCUUCUGUCAACGUUCCCAGUGCCUACACCACUGUAUGCAUCGAGCUGGAGGUUCGCAACCUUGCUAUCAACACCAUUUUGACCUCGUCAAUUAUCAACGAAAUGGAAGGGGCCGACACACUGUUGGCCUCGUCGGAGCAGACUGCCCAAGCAGAUGACUCGGGCGUUCUUUAUUCGGAGAAGGCGUUCGCUUCUGCUGGGGCUUACGUGCUGCGUGAAAUGGUAAAGCACUGGUGGACCGAAGCUUGCGAGGGGAAUAGCAUGGCCGACAUUAUGGUACAACACCUUAUCCGAUGGGUCGAAAGCCCCCUAUCGUGUCUCUAUGAUCAAUCGCUGCACCACUACGUGCGGAUGUUAUCUCGAAAAUCAUUCCAGCGGCUGAUGGCCGAGUUCCGACGGGUGGGUUCCAACAUUGUCUUUGCGAGCUCCACACGCCUCCUACUUCAAACGACAAAGACAGAAGUCGGCAACGCGUACGCUUACAGUCAAUACGUGCUAAAGUCCAUCCGGGCGAAUCCAUCAUUCCAUUUCAUCGACCUCGAAAUUAAGGAAUACUGGGACUACCUGGUCUGGUACGACGAGUAUAAUUAUGGUGGCAAAGGAUGCGAAGAAGUUACUGGGUCUGAUGAGCAGGAACUCAAGACUGUCAUGCACUGGCAAUUGAGCCGCGCCCUGCCAGCACCCAUGCAGACCAUCUUCAAUGACUGGGUGGUGGAGUAUGUUGAUUUGAUGCAUAGCCUCAAAUUUCCUGACACAGAGGAUUCAUCCACGCCUCGGAUGACUCAAAUUCCAAUUGGACGCCCGAGCGACGAGGAUAGCGAAGAUAUUUCUGCCACCCUCGCCGAGAAAUUCUCGAAACCCCUCAAGAAGCAAAUCGCCGGGCUGAUUCGCCGGCAGCGUGACGAAAUGCUGCAUCCCGAACUAGUAUCCGACUACACAUUCCCCGUUCUUCCGGGUGUCCUAUCAGACCCGAACGAUGAGAAGCGUAAUCCGGUCCUGGAAUUAGUGAAGCUCCUUAUGCAGGUACUCAGUCUGUCGAAGACCACGUCGAUGGAAAACCGGCUUCUGCGCCGCGAACUCCUCGCGCUAUUUGAAGUGCGGGAAUUCAGCAAAGAAGGCCGGUUCGAAAACCCGACGGCGAGCCUCAAAUUGCCCGAUCUCACCUGUGGUGCUUGUUGUCUAGUUCGCGAUCUCGACCUCUGUCGAGACGAAGACUUGCUACCGGACCCGGGGACCGACACACGGAAGGCCGCGAGUAAACCGUGGCGCUGCCCCUUCUGCCAGACCGAGUACGACCGGCUCGCGCAGGAAGAAAUGCUCAUCGGCGAGGUCCAGAGCAUGAUUGUCGGGUGGUCGACGCAGGAUCUCAAGUGUACCAAGUGCGGUGGACUGAAGAUCAGCGAGUUCAUGGAGCAUUGCUCCUGUAGCGGGGCCUGGGUGGAGACAAUGGACCGGGCAGCCGUGGACAAGAAACUGCGAGUGUUGGAGAGCGUGGCCAAGUUUCAUGGACUUCAGCUUCUAAACACUGUGGUGGGAGAGGUCCUCGGGCACAUGUGAUGCUAGCUUCUGUUGACCCUCUCCUAUCUCUUUAUGAUCACGUUCUAUGUCUAUUGUUUUCUGAGUUAUUGGCGGUUAGGU